AUGGCGACGGCGACGCGAUGGGCGAUCGCGAUCGCGUCGAUCGGGUCGACGCGACGACCGACGGCGACGCGACGGAGGACGACGACGACGACGAUGGGCGGGACGGUGACGCGCGCGGACGGCGCGUUCGUUCGUGGGCACGGGCGAGCGGGUGACCGGGCGCGCGCGGGACGGCGAGGGGCGACGAUCGCGCGGAGUAAGACGCCGCGGGUCGAGGCGAGGGACGGACGCGCGGCGACGGCGACGGCGCGCGAAGCCGAGGACGCGGAUGUGGACGCGGACGAGGACGCGCUCGCGGACGGGGUCGAGGAUGAAACGAACGAUGAGGUUCGAGAGGGAUUGACGAUCGAGGAGCUCAUGGAGGAGGCGACGGAGGAGGAGGUCGAGGAGCUCACCGUGCUCGGUAGGGUGACGGAGGGCGUGCGCAAGGCUGGGGAGAACCCGGGACUGAGGAAUCUGGGUGCGCUCGCGCUCUUUUUCCUCGCGAGCACGUUGACGUACUCGUGCUAUAAGGUGUACCGCAAGGCGACGAGCGGACGGGCGAAGCGCAAGCGCACGGUGAACAAGAACGUCGAGGUCGUGGAGCGCUUGAAGAACUUCUUCCCGAAUGAGCGCGAUAGCUUGAACAAGGGCGUCUUGAAGGGGAUCUCGCUCAAGACUGGGUACUCGCAAUCGGAAAUCGUGCGAAAGUACCUGCGAUACAAGCUCACGGAGGAGGCGUUCACGCUCGAUUUCGUGGCGGACAUGUUGGCUCUCAAAAAGGCGAGCGGGUUGACUAGUGGAGACAUCAAGGGCAUCCUCUUAGAGACGGGCGAGCGCAUGUUCAAGAAGUACGGUACCCUCAUGACCAACCUGGCGGGUUUGACGCAAUCAGGUAUGGAGCGUAAGAUUGACGGCGCGGGGAAGUUUGCCAAGCUGAUGUAUCUCGCCGACCUGGACGAGUUGGUCGACAAGGAGGACGGAUCCGAGGUGCAGCUCAAGCUCAAGGAGACGUUCGGGGCCACCGAUGAGGACUAUGAAAAAGUUCGAAUCACCGCUCUGGGUGCGGACGAGGUCGACGUCAGCUCCUUGAACCAGAUGAUCGGGGCCGUGGAGAGCUCCGAGGUUGAGUCGACUGAAUCUUCGCAGAGCGAAGAACAAUAG